CCGUGUGAAUGUUAGUACCAACAGAAUGGAACUUUUUUUUUGGGUAAUUUUACAAUUCAUCCCAGUUACUCCCUUGCGAAGAGUAGCUUUCCAACAAAGGGGCACUCAUGAGUUGACCGAUCAUUUCAAUCCCGCCCGAACGUCUCAUCUGGAGGCUGAGCGGCAGCAACAGCCCAGCAUUACCAUUCUCCCAGCCUCGUAUAGCCUGCUAAAUUCAUCGCCAGUCAAUGGUUCUUGUGUGACAAAUGACAUGGGCACGUCGGAGGGUGAAAGCUAAGACGAGGAGGAGCAAAGCCCAGCCAUACCCUGGCUGAUCCAUCGAACAGAUCAUCCGUG